AUGAGUAUCCGAUCAAGAAAGCUGACAGCUCUCAACCUCCAGGACGAUGUCGUCACCGUUACCGAGGUAACAGACCCAAAGAACGGCACAGCUGACGUAACAGUGUCGAAAGAGACUUAUGUUGACGGAUAUGUUGACACCGUAGAGGUCGAUAAAGGUCACGUGGAGGUCAACAAAGGUCACGUAGAAAUUGACACGAGCCACGUAGAGGCUGGACAUGGUCACCUUGAAAUUGACAGCAAGCACACUGAGGUCAGCGGAGGUCAUAAAGAGGUGCACGAAAGACAUACAGAGAUCACGGAUGGCCACGUGGUUACCAUCGAGGCAGACAGCGAGACUAACCUCAGGAGCGAUGGAAAGGUAGAUACAUCAACGUCAGUGAAGGUCAAGGACACUGUGACGCCAACGGAAGUCAAGGAUGUGGAACUCAGAAAUAGGAAGGGUGGGACAAAAUCCGAUGGAUCUUGUCACGAGGGUACAAUUACGAAGAAAGCGAGAGGCACUUGCUUCACCCGGGGUGUUCACCGUGUCCAGAAGCGGGUGUCGGCGUUUGUCUACAACCACGCCCGCGUCAUCUCCCUCGCCUUCAAGAUCUCCUUUCUCCUCUGUUACUACGCCGUGUUUGGUUACGCCAUGUAUUACAAGUUCGGUGAUGAAGGGUCCAUCCGGUUCCUCGUCAUCACCAUCAUCAUCACCCUGUAUGUCUUGAACAGGAUUGGAAAGAUGGCGAUCAAGAAGCGCUGGAGCUGUUGCUGCUGGUUGGUAGGAUCGAUCAAGUGUCUGCAGGCGAUGGAGAAGACGUUCUGGAGGUUGUCGAAGGCGCUGAAGCUGAAGAUCAUCCUGUGCGUGAUGAUGAUGAUCUUCUUCCUCGUGUACGUCAUCGUGGUCGUCGGGCUCAACUCCCCAGAGAACCUCAUCUCCGCGGCCGGGAUGAUCUUCUUCAUCGCCACUUUCUUCGCCUUCUCCUACGAUCCUUCAGCGGUUGCGUGGCGUCCGGUUGUCAGUGGCCUAUCCAUGCAGUUCGUCUUCGCUCUGAUGUUGAUGAGAAGUCAAACUGGCGCCAUGAUCUUCCUGUAUCUGGGCGACAGAAUCAUGGAGUUUAUGGAAUAUGCUGACGCAGGUGCCAAGUUCGUGUUCGGACCCAAUUUUGCUGACCACUUCUUCGCCUUCAAGGUGCUGCCAGUGGUGAUCUUCUUCAGCACGGUGGUGUCUAUCCUGUACUACUGGGGGGUCAUGCAGUUCGUCAUCAAACACAUCGGCCGCCUCCUCACCCUCGUCAUGAACACCACCCCAGCAGAGAACAUCGUCGCUGUUGGGAACAUCUUCGUGGGACAGACUGAAGCACCGCUGCUUGCCGGCCCCUACCUGCAAACCAUGACCCGGUCACAGCUCCACACAGUGAUGACGAGUGGAUUCGCUACAGCAGCAGGGCCCAUCAUGGCGGCAUUUGCACUCUACAAGGUGCCGGUGCUGCAUCUGUUGUCGGCGUCAGUGAUGUCAGCACCCGCCGCCAUCGGCAUGUCCAAACUGUUCUACCCAGAAACGGAAGACACCACCGCUAGUUCUGACGAACACAUCUACAAAGUCAAAAAUCGAGCCACCAACACCCUCGAGGCUGCAUCCAAUGGCGCAAUAGAAGCCGUCAAGAUUGUCGCCAACAUUAUAGCUCACCUGAUCGCAUUUGUGUCGCUGUUGAUGUUCAUGAACGCCGCCUUCACGUUCCUCGGGUACAGGGUGGGCCUCAUCCCCCCAGACUACCCGGAACUCACCUUCCAGUUGGUCUACUCGUACAUCUUCUGGCCCGUGGCCUUCAUGAUGGGGAUCAGUUCCCAGGACUGCGGCAGGGUGGCCGAGCUCAUCGGGACCAAGAUGGUCAUCAACGAAUUCGCCGCCUAUGCCGGCCUCUCCAACUACAUCCUCAACAGGAACGACUUGGUCAACUAUCUGGACGCACGUAACGUCACCAUGGAAACCGGUUACAUGAGCCACUGGGACUACAGCGGAAACGACAUCCUCCUCCACGACACUCAACAGAUUCUCCAAGGCGGCAUCAUCACGGACCGGUCGACUGUGAUCGCCACGUACGCUCUGUGCGGCUUCUCCAACGCCAGCGCUAUGGGGAUUAUGUUGGGAGCCUUGGUUGCCAUCAUACCCAAGCGGAAGGCGGAUCUCUCCCGAGUGGUGUUCAGAGCUAUGAUCGCGGGCAAUGUCGCGAGCUUCAUGACAGCGUGCAUGGCGGGUCUUCUGUACGGUGGUUAGUGACGACCGCCAUUGCCACGCCAACCACGUGACCAGAUCACGUGCGUUAUAUGAUGACGUCAUAAGGACCUUCAAAAGUCAACAAUGGGAAGACACAUGAGACAGCAGCAGCCAACAGAUGUCGGUACACACACAGACAUGAAGACGAAACUGAAUUAAAACAAAAUAUACUGCUGUUGCUUGCGCCUUCGUAUUGGGGUAGCCUACUCACACAAACUUGUCAUUUGACACCAACAUUGUCUUUUGAGUUUCGUUUAUUUGUCUAUAUACUGAAACUAUCGACCCGCCAACCAUUCGUCACUGUUCGCCUCGCCGCCGUGAUUGUAGUUUCAUCGGGUAUUUCCGGAUGGCGCGGACCGUCACGAAUGACAGAUCACAUUGUUUCCUGUAAGACUAGGUCAAAAUGUUAUAUUUAUUGUACAAAUUGCAUCACUAUUACUUU